UGGGGCUGCCGUCUAGGGGCUGGGCUCCGUGGAGAGGGGCCCGAGGGCGCGUCCCCGGGCGCGCAGCCUCUCCCCAGCCUCCCACCCGGCCCUGUGGGUUUUGUUCACCGGCUGUCAUCUGGUUUUUUUAGACUGUUUUUUUUUUUUCUUUCCAUCUAACAUGGUGAAGCAAGGAGUGAAGAAGAGAACAAAGUAACUCCUGGGGGAGUGAAGGUCGCUGGUGACCGAGAGCGCCCGCGCGGCUGCGGCCACCCACAGCCACCCUUCCCCCGGGACGGCCGGGGCGCACGGCGGCGGCGGAGCAGCCGGAGGGCACGGGCACGGGCACGGGGGCGAGGAGAGGCGGCGGCCCUUGCGAGGAGUUAUGGAUGGUGGUGCCUUCAGCUCUGGCCAGAUCCGCUCCUGGAGGAAGCUGAGCGGCGGCCGCCACCUCCAGCUGUCUCCCUGCCUCGCCCCGGGUCUCACCCUUCCAGCAUGUUCCUUGUGAUAAGCCCAUUCCCAGCGCUGCGAGUUCCAGUACAAUGUGGAAAUGGGGACUGACACAGGGUGCCUCCGCCUCGCCCCACCUGCCCGGCUGCUGCUGCUGCUGCUUCCUGCUGCUCUUCCUGGUGUCUUCCGUCCCCGCCACCUGCCAAGCCCUUGGGCAGGACAUGGUGCCACCGGAGGCCACCAACGCGUCUUCUUCAUCCUCCUCCUUCUCCUCCUCUUCCUCCUCCUCCUCCUCCUCCUCGUCGUCGUCGUCGUCCUCCUCCUUCUCUCCUCCCAGUGCGGGGAGGCAUGUGCGGAGCUACAACCACCUCCAGGGCGAUGUGCGCUGGAGGAAGCUCUUCUCCUUCACCAAGUACUUCCUCAAGAUCGAGAAGAACGGGGAGGUCAGCGGGACCAAGAAGGAGAACUGCCCGUACAGUAUCCUGAAGAUAACUUCAGUUGAAAUCGGAGUUGUUGCAGUCAAAGCCAUUAACAGCAACUAUUAUUUAGCCAUGAACAAGAAGGGGAGACUCUAUGGCUCAAAAGAAUUUAACAAUGACUGUAAGCUGAAGGAGAGGAUCGAGGAAAAUGGAUACAACACCUAUGCAUCCUUCAACUGGCAGCACAAUGGGAGACAGAUGUACGUGGCAUUGAAUGGAAAAGGAGCUCCCAGGAGAGGACAGAAAACUCGAAGGAAAAACACCUCCGCUCAUUUCCUUCCAAUGGUGGUGCACUCAUAGAAGCAGCCAGUGCUUGUGGGUGCAGCGGAACCAAAGGCUCUUUGGCCAGGAAUAGUGGGUAUUCUUCAUGAACACAGUAGCUCAAAAGGCAAAGACGCAUGGCAGGCGUCUGCUUGCUUGAAAGAAAGGAAGUCUUUAAAGGCUUUUGUACACACUGCUGAUGUAUGAUGUUCCUUUCAUUAGUUCUGUGUCAUGCCUUAUAAUCCAGAUAGAGGCGGAUCAAAUGGAAUAGAAGUUACUCCUAAACGAACAACAUUGUGGCUGGGUUUUUUGGGUUAAGUUUUUGUUUAUGUUUGUUUUUGUGUGUGUUUUUUUAACCUCUGAGAUAGAACUGAAAGGACACGGAACAAUCUGUUGAAUGAUCUUCAGAAAAGUUAUUUAUGGAAUAUGAACUCAUGUCAAAGACUUUCGUUGCUCAUUCCAGCCGAGUGAUUCAAUGAGCAGGAAGACAUGCAAGCAUUUACUGGAAAGCACUUGGGUCAUGUUCUGUGCACAACCAAAGGAGCUUUGGGCGUGGCAUCGUGGAGCAUUGGAUAGGGUUAAAAGAUGUACACAUGUUAGUGUAAAACUGUUCUAACAAAGCAAAUAGUAUGGUAUGCUUGUGCAUUCUGCCUUCAUCCCUUUCUAUUUCCUUCUAAGUUAUUUAUUUAAUAGGAUGUUAAAUAUCUUUCGGGGUUUUAAAGAGUGUCCUCAGCAGCUGCCCUCUGAUUGGCCUUUGCUUUUUCUUCAGCACACCACAUGCAUGUUCACGACAAAGUGAUUUCAGAACUUGGCAAACACUUCGAGAGCAGGAGAUGACGUGGGAGGAGCAGUGUGAGUGCCCAGGGGCGAUCGGUUGACUUAAUCUGCACUUCGGCAAUGACAACCGUCAACCCCCCACACGACAGUGCUGGGGCAUGGCAUGAGUGACAGAUGUCUGCCAUCAUUUAAAAACAUGUAUCACUGCUAAGGCUUUCUUUCCUAAGAAAUAGACCAGAAGGCUAAAUGUUUCCCUUCCAAUACAUCAAUGGGUCUCCAAGAAUAUAUAAAAGAAGGAAAAUUGGUUGUUAAAUACACCUUAGUAGCCUAGCCUCAUUUUUUACUAACGAUUGUCUGCCACCUGUAGCAGUGGUAGGUGAUGAAGAGGCUGUCUUCGUACAUAAGACCCCUUUAAAAGUCCCCGUUGUGCAUCUCCCUCAAAGGAACUCUCGAGGAAUUUGGUACGAAGUGCAACUCUCCCAGGGGCUUAAUCUGAGCAAAUAUAUCCUGGUAUAUGUGUAACCAUAUACUGAACAACCUGUUCAAGCUGUGUGAUCUAGUCUCUACAAAACCAAAUAAAACAUCUUCUCUGUAAAUUCAAAGAGCUUUGGAAGGUUCCAUAAUGUAACCAUAUCGAAAUUCAUUCUGUUAGAGCAGGUAUAGAAAACAGGACAUAAGAGUGUACCGGUCAACACGCAUUGUACUCCACUAAAUAAAUACUUAAGCCUUAUUUGCAGUGUCUGUAGUGAUUUUAAAAAAUGUAGAAAAAGACUAUUUGUUCUAACUGUUUCAAGUGAUAACUAUAAGAGUAUGUUGAUGCUGCAGUUUUACCUUCAUACUUCUUGUUUUAAAAAGGCCUGUUUAUUGUUUGGACAUGGUAUUUUGGUACAAGAAAAAGGCUCACUAAACGUGUCUCUUUACUAAAGUUUAACUUCUAGAAAGGCUGGUGUUUUGUGACUUUUUCUUAUACCUUAAUUGUGUCAAUGUGUAACCAGCACUUCCAUUUAAUCUGUUAUUUAACAAUUAGCUUUCUUAAGAAACUUUCCCAUAAAGUAAUCCUAUAAUAGGUCUUAUUUUUUCUCAUUUUUUUAAAAAAAAGUUGGUAUUUCAAAAGAAAUGCAUUUGAGACAGUGAAUAGGCUAUGGCUAACAUUGCCUUUCAUGGUACCUGGCUUCCAACUUGCUUUUUUAACAAAUGGGAUACUAAAAAAAUGUUAAGUUUUGUGGUUGGAAUCUAUAUGUUCACAUUUAAUUGGUAACUGAGUCUGCAAGCUGUAGUGUAAUGCAUUCCUAUCAGAACUAGAUUAUCUUGGUUCUUUUAUUUUAAAAUAAUAAUUGCACCUGACAUAUGAAGAUGGACCACCCACAACCCAAAUUAAAUAUUUGAUGAGACAAAUACAGUAUUAGAUGACCACAGUAACAGCAAAGAGGGCACAAACUGGAUUCGUAUUUCACACAGCCGUUUAGAUUACCAAGGAGACCGUGUAAGCAGUCGUCAUUAUAGUACUCAAAACACUAAAACAGCUUCUAGCAAAAUGUAUCAAAGCUGGCAGAAGCCAAAAAUAGAAAACAUCUCCCUUACUUCUCCCCUCAAAAUACACACACAGGCACGCACACACACAGCACAGAAAGUCUGAUAAGGAGUAAUGAGAUUCUCCUGCAUUUAAAAAUGGCAUCUUUGCCCAAUAUUGAGACAGAAUACUGGACCCCUUUGCAGCUGAAUUGUGCUACUGAAGGAAAAGCAGUUCCCGCCCUGAAUAUUGUACAUAUAUUUUAAAAAGCAUCAUUAUUUCAGGAGCUCCCCCUCACACCCCACCACAAUGUCAAGGUACAUCAGCCACAAAUGCGUGUCUAUCUGAGUGCUGGCCCUGGGGAGACUCCUCGUGACAAUAUAGAAUCCCCCUUCCUCCCACCUUCCGAAAGGCUGCACAGUGUAUAGCAUGUUCCAUUUAAGUAAACUAAUAAAAAUGCUGGGAAAAGAAAAUUAAAAUAGUGUCCUUGUUUGUUUUAUUAGCCUAAAACGAUACCUGGAAAUACAGAGAGAAGCUCGAGUGUGCCUGGCAGGAUGUGGUUAAA